UGUUGUCUGCGUUGCCUGACCCUUCCCAGUACCCGUGAUGCCAAGGCCACUGCGUGGGGCGAGGAAUAGUCGGGGUUGAGCCCCAACUGAGCCCGGGGCUCACGCUCUUCCGAUCUCCCCGGCCCGCCCCACCUGAAGAAAUGAGUGGUGGAUUGGCCCCAAGUAAAAGCACAGUGUAUGUAUCCAACUUGCCCUUCUCCCUAACCAACAAUGACUUAUAUCGGAUAUUUUCUAAGUAUGGCAAAGUUGUAAAGGUUACUAUAAUGAAAGAUAAAGAUACCAGGAAAAGUAAAGGUGUUGCAUUUAUUUUAUUUUUGGACAAAGACUCUGCACAAAACUGUACCAGGGCAAUAAACAACAAACAGUUAUUUGGUAGGGUGAUAAAAGCAAGCAUUGCUAUUGACAAUGGAAGAGCAGCUGAGUUCAUUAGAAGACGAAACUACUUUGAUAAAUCUAAGUGUUAUGAAUGUGGGGAAAGUGGACACUUAAGUUACGCCUGUCCUAAAAAUAUGCUUGGAGAACGUGAACCUCCAAAGAAGAAAGAGAAAAAGAAGAAAAAGAAAAUUCCUGAACCAGAAGAAGAAAUUGACGAAGUAGAAGAAAGUGAAGAUGAAGGGGAAGAUCCUGCUCUUGACAGCCUCAGUCAGGCCAUAGCUUUCCAGCAAGCCAAAAUUGAAGAAGAACAAAAAAAAUGGAAACCCAGUUCAGGGGGUCCGUCAACAUCUGAUGAUUCAAGACGCCCAAGGAUAAAGAAAAGCACAUAUUUCAGUGAUGAGGAAGAACUUAGUGAUUAAAAUUAUAUUUAUUAUGUAAAUAUCAUUAAUUUUUUUAAUCUUGGAGUACCAAGUUUAGUUGGGACUAAAGAUCACUCUUAGAAUUUAAGUAUAAGGAUACUUAAUACCAAAUAAUUUUUUACUUUAAAGUAUUUCAUAGGAAAUUGUAAAGAAAUUUCAAAGGAUCAUGUAUCUAUCUUGCCUUAGCAGAGUAUUAAAAAUAAAGAUUUGCUAAUAACCACUAACCUUGAAAACAGUUUAUUUGAAUAAAAACUAAAAAUACUAUCAUAGUAAUGUUAUUGUUAUCCAAGAAAUAAGGCAUUACUAAAAAGAUUUGUUUGAAUUACCCUGGCCAGCUAACUCAGUUGGUUAGAGCAUGGACCUGAUAUGCCAAGGUUGAGGCUCCGUCUCCCGUCAAGGCAAAUACAAGGAGCAACCAAUGAAUGUGUAAAUGAGUGGAACAGCAGAUCGUUCUCUCCCUAUUCCUCUCUCCCCCUCUCCUCCUCUCCCCUUCUCUCUCUCUCCUUCUCCCUCUCUCUCUGUAAAAUCAAUUAAAAAACAAAAAAGAUUUGUUUGAAAGUUCAUUAUAAAAGUUUGUUCAUCUGAUUACAUUAGGACUUUCAAAAUAAAUUUCAUCUGUAAAGCAGAAACUUCAUAAAGGCUGGGGGAAAGUUGAAUGAUUUACUGUUAUUAAAUGUUAAUAAAAUUUUUAAGAAAAUUUUUGUUUUAAA